UCAGGAAACAGAGACGGUAACAAGUUUUUAAGAUUUUCAUCUAGAAAGGAAAUCCUGGACACAUCGAGGGAACUGAGGAACAAAUCUGGACUUUACCAAGAAAGAACAAAGAUCUAACCAAGACCAGGUAAAGAUCUAACCAAGACCAGGUAAAGAUCUAACCAAGACCAGGUAAAGAUCUAACCAAGACCAGGUAAAGAUCUAACCAAGACCAGGUAAAGAUCUAACCGAGACCAGGUAAAGAUCUUAUCGAGGCCAGGUAAAGAUCUUAUCGAGGCCAGGUAAAGAUCUAACCAAGACCAGGUAAAGAUCUAACCAAGACCAGGUAAAGAUCUUAUCGAGGCCAGGUUAUUGAUUCCCUAUGUAAAGACUUGCAAAGACUUGCAAAGACUUGCAAGUCUUUGCAAGAGUGAAAGUGGGAAACACACUAAAAUAGUCAGACCUAAAUAAACAUCUCUAUAUCUAGAUAUUAGUCUUAUUAGAAUGAAAAAACCUCCACUAAGACCUGGUGACAGAUCCAAACUCUGCGUGUUCCUUGAUUUUCCUUCUUUGUUUGGUUUCCACCAGCAGCUCUGAGAGAAUCACUGCGUUGGAACUAAAAGUUCAUUAUUUCUUUCAUCCAAACAAACGUUUCUUUCUGCCUGUUUUCAUAGAUUGAAUUAAAUAAAUGAUAAAUGUAAAUAUAGCAGCUCUUUAAAAUGCUGUAGAUCUUUUCAUGUUGGAGACUUUUUUACUUUGGAUCUUAAAAACGGGUCAGAUUUCCAUUAAUAGCCUCCAGAUGUUCUGUAACACCUGGAUCUUCUCCACCUGUCCGACCCAAAGCUUCGCCGCCAGCCCUGCUGCUCCGGCGGGCCGGCCCCUCCCCUCCUGUUUGCACUCAUUGAUCCGAACUCCCGGGAGGAUCAAUGAGUGCAAACAGGACCCGUUUGUUUGACCCGUUUGAUCCUCCCGGGUCGCAGAUCCAGACCCCUGCUGGACAAAGGUGGCUCUGUGGAUCCCCCUGCCGGACCCCGCCCGCAUUUAUAAAAACCCCCGACAUACCUGAGCAGGAACCGGACCGGGAUAAGCUUCUGCUCAGGUGUCACCCGAUAGCCAAUGAGAGCUGGAGGCUCGGAGUGAUAAACAGCUAAAGAAGCUGAGGAUUCAUUCUGCUGGGAGUAAAGAGGCUGACCCACUUUGGCUGGGUGUGUCGACUGGAGGGACAAACUCCAACGUCUGGAAGACAAAUAAGGUAAAACCUUACAGUUUGUUUGACAAAUGCAUGAAAUGGAUGUUAAUAUUGUUGUUUUAUAAACAUGUUCUGUGAAUAUUCAGGCUGAUAUUUAACAAUAAGUGGAUUUUUAGCUGAAGGAAGCUCCUGCAGAUCCUCUCUGGAUGUUUCUGUGUCCUUGGAUUCGUUUGGAGGCUGGAGUAUCAGAGUCAGGGCAACUUUCAGAAAACAAACCAAUCAACAAAUCUGCAGGAAAACUUCAGGCUGAAGAUAGAAGAGGUCUCCAGAAAUCUAGAGUUUAUUCUUCCUCAUGUUGGAUGUAAACUCUGGGACCGAAUCCUGGAAGGCCGACCCAUUUUUAGUGCUUAGAGUCCAUCAGUUUGUUCAUUUUUAAGAACUUUUCUCUGGGUUUUCAGUAGAAUUGUUUCAGUUUCUCACUAAAUUGCUCCUGGAUUGAAGAAAAGUUGCUCUUUGGUAACAUUUUUGAUCUUUUGCUGCUGGAAGCUCUUAGCUUUUCUUCUCCACGUGUUGGAAACAGUCGGGAGAAACGACUCCAGCAGGCCUCCGCUCUCCGUCCAGGUAUUUCUGUUCCAGUCAGUCAUGGUUUCCUUGGACAGAAGUGGUUUCUUUACUUCUCUUUCUUCACCUGCUGCCAUUGUUGAGGAAGCUCUGCACUGGUGGCAACAUGAUUUUAUUGGAGUUUAAUGUUUACUGCAUGAAAAUGAGGAAAAUUUCUCAAAGUCCAAACAUUAAUUUCUUUAAAUUCUACUAAAAUAUGUCUUUAGUUUUAGUUUGUGCUUGAUUUUUGCUAUCUUGCCUUAAAUCAGCUGGAUUUGCUCCUGUUUAGGUGUAGAAUCUGGAUUAAAUUACAGACAGUAUGCAGGGCUGUGCAUGCAGGUGCAGCUCAACCUCCUCAGUCAUCACUCCUCCACCACCGUGCUUGGCUAUUGGUAUCAGACGUUUGUGCCGAAAUGUCCAAAGUACAAACCUGUCGGAUCAUUUUAUGAUUAGCAUUUAGCAUGCUAACUCAGGCUGUUGUAUUUAUCUUGUUUGAUAUAAACUGGGGAGUUAAAGCUGGAGCUCCUGUUGCCUCAGCAGCCGCCGUCUCCAUUAACGCGGAGGCUCAGGGUCUUCAGCUGCCAUUAAAGAUAAAGUGUAGCAGCGUUAGCGUUAGCCCCCCGUUAGUGAUAUCGCUUCCUGCUCCAGGUGAAAUCCAGACGGUUCUGUGAAGCAUCAACAACCCACUUGUUGGUGUCGUGCAGCAGAGCCACAGGUGGGCUGAGCGGUUUGGAGCCACUAACCGCUGAUGCAGCGGGCGCUGAAGGUCUCGUCUGGCGCGACAGCAGUAAUCGUUAUGGUGAUGGGGGUAAUUUAUGGAGCUGGUGUGAGAUGCUGGAGUAAAUGCGGGUCUCUGUUACAGCCCGGCAGGAAGCAGCUGCGAUGUUUCCCUCCUCCUCCCUGAUGGCUGUGAUGAAGCCGACUAUGGAGGGUCUUCUGGCUUCAUGUUCUCUCUGCACCAAAUAAAAACAUUACAGGAAACUUCACCUAAACAAACUGUAGCAGGAAUUUAGGCAAAACUGAACAUCAAUCAAACUGAAACAUGGCAGAAAUCUGAACCACUUCCUGAAGCGUAAACCGUCCUGGUAGCUGUGCAAAAACAAAUCCUGUGAUGUCACUGACACAUGGUGGGUGAUUAGCCCCGCCCCCCGGCCCGAUGCUGACUUGUUCCGCUAGUGAUGUUUGUAUAGCAUGUAGCAUUAGCUUCUACCACUUACUGUGGUGCUAAAGCGUUUUAGCAUUAGCUUCUGCUAAAUACCGUGUUAGCGUAGCACUGUAACUGUUAGCACGAUAUAUCGGUGCUAACAUCAGUAUCAGAAGAUGUCAGUAAAUGUUUUGACGUGUCUGUCUGGCUCCAGUAAAGCUGAUUUUUAUGUCCAUUUUGUUGCCUUUUAUUUCCGGAGGAAGCCUGGAGGUGAUGGUGUUUGGGGUCAGAGAUGGUGACCUUGGGGUCACCGUCUCAUAAGCUAACCAUAGGAAGGCGCCACCUUAAAGGGCCGGUGCAGGGCGGAUCGCAGCUGCCAUUUUUCUCCAAUAAAAGCUUUUUUAGUUUUCAUUUUGAGGCUCCUCCAUCUGUUCUUGUUUUAUUGUGGUUCUAAUGUUUUUCCAGUCAGAUUUUCUCGGCAGGAUCUCAUCAUGUUUCUGCUGUGGAUCUUCAUGCUGCCGGCGGCUUCCUGCACGCUCUCCGGCAGCGCCGCGUCCUGUCCGGACCCAGAGGGCAGCAGCCGAGACGCAGGUCAUGUAAUUGAUUGUCUGGGUCUGCGCUUCGUCUGGCUCCACGCCGUCUUCGAUAACUUCCCCUCGCUGCUGAGCUUCGUGUCCAGGCUGCGGUGUGCAUCAGGGCUGUGUCCGCGGGACCUGGAGGACUACGGCUGCUCCUGCAGACAUGUGGCGUCUGGGAACCCGGUGGAUCCUCUGGACACCUGUUGUGCAGCUCACAGGCGGUGCUACCAGAGUGCUGCCCCCUGCAGGCAGCCGCUGCCUCUGCCUCCGUAUAAUUUCUCCUGCUCCGCAGAAAGCAGCAGCUGCGACGUUGGCGACCCGUGUCAGCAGAAAGUUUGUGAAUGCGACCGAGCCGCCAUCGACUGCGCGACGCGGAGCCGCUACAACCCGAGUCUGAGGGGCCUGACGGAGGCCGCCUGCUCCGCCGGAAAUGCUCCAGAUUGGCUCGGCGGUGGCGUGGCGGAGGCUGACGGCGUCUUCAACAGAACAGAUGUUCUCACAGCAGCAGAGCGGCUGUCCAACGCCGCCCCGCCGCCCGCAGAACCGGACCAGGCCAUGAUCGGUACUGUGGAAAGCCAAAGUAAUCCGGCUGGGCUGGACGGAGGAUUCAUCACCGGACCACCAGAACCGACCGUCCUCCGGACUCGUCCUGAGGAGUGGGAGGAACGGGCAGCCGAGAGAAACCGAGAACAGCAGAAACUCCAGAGUUUGGUCUCUAAUGGCCUGAAAGAGGCAGAAGAAGUGGAGUGGGAGGACCAAGCUGAAGAUCAGAUGACCCAGAGUCCUGCAGAAAUCAGCCCAACGAGCCUCACGGGUCCAACGGGUCCAACGAGCCUCACGGGUCCAACGAGCCUCACGGGUCCAACGAGCCUCACGGGUCCAACAAGUCCAACGAGCCUCACGGGUCCAACGAGCCUCACGGGUCCAACGAGUCCAACGAGUCUCACGGGUCCAACGAGUCUCACGGGUCCAACGAGCCUCAUGAGUCCAACGAGUCCAACGAGUCUCACGGGUCCAACAAGUCCAACGAGCCUCACGGGUCCAACGAGCCUCACGGGUCCAACGAGUCCAACGAGUCUCACGGGUCCAACGAGUCCAACGAGCCUCACGGGUCCAACGAGCCUCACGGGUCCAACGAGCCUCACGGGUCCAACAAGUCCAACGAGCCUCACGGGUCCAACGAGCCUCACGGGUCCAACGAGUCCAACGAGUCUCACGGGUCCAACGAGUCUCACGGGUCCAACGAGCCUCAUGAGUCCAACGAGUCCAACGAGUCCCGAUCCGGUCCAGUUGGUCCAUGAAGGAGCGACCCCAAAUGGGCCGCCGUCUCCACGGAGACCUGCUGGUGUUUAUUAUGGGAUGGAUCAGACGCAGAUUCCUGCUGCUGGCGCCGCGCCGUCGGUUCUCACCUCAGCAUCUCUGAGAAACACGCUGCUGGAUGGAACCGGUGUGGAGCUUCUGUUACCCGCAUCUCCAACCAUCGCCCAGAACAAACCCACAGGAAGCUCAGCGUCAGCUGGGAAAUCUCCACCAAUCACAGCGACGACGACGCCUCUCUGUGAGGAGGAGGAGGAAGAGGAAGAGGAGGAAGGCUCGCAGGAGGAAGACGGGGCGGAGCCAGGUCCGAAGAGGGCGGUGCCGUUCUUCGCCUGGUCUCUGCUGGAGUCCAUCGGUCUGACCGACAUCCAGCAGCCGGGCGGCCGAGAAUGCAGCUCCUCCUUCAGCGUGUUCAGCAGCGACGGCCGGAGCCGCAGAGAGAUGCCGGCGCUGGGGGAGAUGCUGCGCUGCCUGACGGGACGAUGUCCGCACGAGUACGAGAUGUACGGCUGCUACUGCGGACAGGAAGGGGCGGGGCUUCCUCUGGACCAGCUGGACAGAUGUUGCUUCUUCCAUCGCUGCUGCCUGAAACAGAUCGACUCCCUGGGCUGCCGAGCCGACAGGAAGCUCAACGCUCACGUUUCCUGCGAGAGCCGCAACAAACCGCGAUGUCGGGGCAUCACAGUGUGCGACAAACUGCAGUGUGUGUGCGAUAAAACCACAGCACAGUGCAUGGCUGCGGCGCACUUCAACCACAGCCUGCCGUCGCAGCGCUGCCGCGGACCGGCGCCGCCCUGCCGCCGGGCCGCCAGGCCCCCCAAACCCGCAGCGGAACCGGCCCGGUCCAGUGAGGAGAGCAAACCCAGCCAGUCUGAGGAGCCCGAGACGAGUUCUGCUCAGUAUUCAGACAGUGAUCAAAGUUCUGAUGUAAUAAAUGAAGAGACGCCGACUCCUGCUGGAACAUCGAGAGCCGAGACCGAAGAGCUGCAGACGGUCGGUGGGAUUCAGAACCAAGACAGACAACCGGCGGGAAGACCGGGAGAGGAAGAGGAGGAAUAUGAAGAAGAGGAGGAGGAAUAUGAAGAGGAGGAGGAAGAGGAAAAUUAAACCAACCACAGAAAACUUCAAUAGAAACAUUUUAUUUGAAUCUCCAACAUGAAAUUUCAACACAUUCUGAGACAUUAUCGUAAACGCCGAGGCUCUGCUGCAGCUCAGGUUCAGGAAAUGAGACAAGAGAACAUAAAAGCCAAUCAUCUUCAGAUCAGUGAGUCCAGAACAAUGACGACAUUUCUUGAACCUGCAGGAAGAGCUGAGCCUUGGCGCCACCUAGUGGUCAUAAAUCACUGAACAACAACUCUGAGCAUCAGCGUUUUAUCUUUGAAGGUGAACAGAGAUGAGACGUUUCUCUAAAACUGGCACAAGAAUACAGACUGCUGCAGCACAGACGAAUAAAACGAGAAGGUUUCGCUGUUGCCGUGGAAACGAGCGGCUCCAUCCUGGGCACGUCCCACAGUAAGGCCGGUCUAAUCGGGCUGAACAUUCAGAGUGAAAACAUUUCCGUUGUGCUGUUUUUGUGUCUCGGAACCGUUUUAAGUGCAAACAUGUGGAACCGCGAUCCGUUUGGGUUUGAAAUGCCAGAGCUGGUCUCUCCUGCACUCAGCCGCUAAUACUGACAAACUUUCAUGUGCAAAAAUCAAGCAGUGGUCUAAAGCCGGAGGCCUGUGCUGGUGUUUGACAUGUCUGACAAUUUGGUGAAAAGAUUUAGAUCUAAAUUAAAAAUCUUUCCAUAACA